AUGAGUUCCAAGUUUGCAAACCGCAGAAAGCCCCGUAAGAUUGGCGGGGACGACGAGGAAGAUGACGGCGAACAAGAUAUCGGGCCGGUUGUUAAGCGCCCUGUUUCCUCUAAAACGAAGCAAAAAUCCAAAACGCGCCUGUCGUUUGGCCCCGGAGAAACUUCAAUGGCCGAAGAUGGCGAACAGGAAAGUGAAGUGGUAAUACCGAAACGGCAAGGACUUGGGAGGCGAGCACUGGAAAAUAAUGUCUUGCAGAGGUCGCUCACGCCAUCGGGAUCAGGUGGCCAGCUUCCACUCAGGGUUGGCCCAGAACAAGAUCGGCCAAGCUAUAGCAAUGAAUAUUUGAAGGAGCUUCGGAAUUCAACACCUUCAACGCCAAAGAAUGCCACCGAUGACGAUAAAGAGAAGACUAUCGAUGUUGCAGCAAAGUUCGGCGAAGUUAUGAAAGUCACAGCACCGGCCGCCAUUCCUAGCGAAGCGGAAAUUAGAGAGAAAAAAGAAAGAAGAGCGCGCUUGGCCAAAGAGCAGCAGCAUGGCAUCUCAACAGAGAAGGACUUUAUCUCGUUGGAUGAUACUAUGGAGGAUGAAGAAUGGGACUCAAGAAAUGAAAAAGAGGAUCUAAGGGACACUCGGUUGAUUCGGGACGAUGAGGAUUUCGCAGAGGGCUUCGACGAGUUUGUGGAGGAUGGCCACAUAACUUUGGGGAGAAAAGCUGAGCGUGAGAGGGUCAAAAAGCAGCGCGAAGAAAUGCGAGGGCUCAUUGAAGAUGCCGAAGGUAUCUCGGACGAAGACGACUCGGAUUUAGAGGAAAAAGCGGCUUACGAAGCCGCCCAAACAAGGGCUGCCAUGGGCCACAGCGGCAAGGACUAUACAGAUCGACCAAAGACUCCUCCCAAAAUGACCUCCCUUCCACGCCUAUCAACCUGUCUUGACCGUCUACGCACAACCUUGGCCGUCAUAGAAAAGUCGAAAACCCAGAUGAUCGAUAGAAUGGAAGAACUAAGAAAGGAAAAGGCCGAUAUAGCUGUGCGAGAAGUAGAGAUCCAGGCUUUAAUCAAAGAAGCUGGGGAUAACUACGAGAAACUCAAACAGGAAGCUGGGCGCACUCCUGGCUCGGACGAGGAUACAGCCGCCGAGCGAGGAUUAGAGAGCAUCGGCAAUUCCAUGGCAGUAUCAACAAGAAACUCCGAGGACGAGACGUGA